UUUAAAUUAGAGGUUUUUCUGAGUAAAUGAAUAGAGCUGAUGUUACUUAAUGCUGCCGUGUACUUUUCUGGUUCAGUAAAACCAUGAGCUGUUGUUAACAAUUAAUGCCUUAUUUUAAUAUCACAGUAAAAAUAAUCCUUAUAUAUUUUAUUCUCAUUUGCAGAAAUGACAAAACCCAAACUUCUUAAUGAUGACAUCCCCGCAAUGCUCUUGCAUCUCCACUCAACGCCUCUGCACACACUUUCAACUUGAUCUGAACGAUUACCUGCUUGAUGAAAAACUUACUGAUGACCUCCAAAAUGCUGAUGAACUGCUUGCUGAGCUGCAGAAAGAGAAGGCAGCACUACCAGCUAGGACAUCCACGUCAAAAGUCAGGUGGAGAAAGAGAGACAGUGAUGGGAAUGUACUCUAUGCAAGGCCAAGGUCACGCAGGAAUCAGUCAGAAAAAGCUGGUGAUCACACGCCUAAUCCUCCCUGCAACACUGCUGAUCAUGGCCCUAACUCUGCUUCAGAGACUGCUUCAAAGACCAUCUCUGCUGAAUGUCUUGUGCAAGAUCUACAGUACUCCUUGAGUGUCUCUGAUGAUGAGAUACAAGAAGCUGCAGUUGACCAGGGAGCUCCUCUGGCUUCUGUGGAUUGGAGCACUCGUAACGCUCUCUUUUUUGAGAGAUGGAGGGCAAAGAGACCUUACCUUGUAAAUAGCAUGCUGGCACAGGGGAACGUGGAAACAAAAAUCUGCAGUCAAUGUGGGAUCAACUGUGCAGCUGUCAGAUGCAGAGACUGCUUACCAUGUCCAUUCCUCUGCGCUGAAUGCGACAUCAGCCGGCACAACAAAACCUACAUCCUUCACAACCGGGAUGCUAUGUGUGCUGGUUUCUUUCAGCCAUUGCCUCCAACCAGUUGCGUUGUGGAUAAUGCUGUUACACACUGUGUACGGCUUUUGCCUAUUGAGAUGCCUGUCCAAAUCUGUCGCUGUCCACCAGAGGCAUUGAGGGUCAUCCAAGGAAAGGCAGUUGCUUUGGUCACAAUAAAUGGACGGUAUGAUCUCAACAUGCCAGAGCUAAGCUGCGAGGGAUGCCAGGCUACUUGGACUGCAGAAGUGGAUGACCUUAUACAAAGUGGCUACUGGCCCGCCACCCUCAAUUUUGCGACAGUUUAUGAGGAAGACUUAUUUUUUACUUUUGAGAGCAUGAAGAUGGCAUCACCUGGAAUGUCCUGUCAGGCAUUUCUACGAAUGCUUGAGAAGCGGACUGUUCGCUUUGGCCGUACUGGAAAGCUCUCAUCUGACAGCUUUCAGAAAAGCUUUUUUGAAUGGGCUGCUGUUCAAUAUGAAGUUGAUGCCAUUUGCAAAGAGGAGCAAUUUAGCUGUCCUGCCUGCACUCCAGCAAUGCUUGCCGUCUCGGUUGACGGAAACCGCAAGCUUUAUCGUUUCAAGAGUACAGCACGAUCAGAGGAGCGGCCGAUCUUUGAUGGUGUCUUCAUUGCUAAUGAUGAAGAUGUGACCAGAUUUGUGGACCAAGUACACACCAAAACCAAACAUGUCACUGGAAAAGGCAUUUGUGGUGGGGAGUGGUUGGCAGCCCGAGAGACUUCCUGCAGAUCUAGGAGUAAGGUGGAUGAGGAAGGACUGGAGCUGGCAGUUUGCAGGCACGGUGUCUUGCUGUCUGCCCUUAAUAUGUUUAGGGGUGAAAUAUAUGCAUACCCCAUGUUCUUACAGAACCAGCUUGCGCCCAAGCACGACAUAACCUUCUUCUGUAUGGAUGUUGCAUGUAAAUACUGGCCUACACUACAGAGAGUUGUUUGGACUGUCCAGAGCUCCAGUCUCUUCAAAACAUGA